AUGAAAAUUUUGCUUUUAAUAUUAGUAAUAUUAUCAUUAGCCAAGGAAGAUUGUUAUAAAAUAUUUGGAUUAAACAAAGGAGCUGAUCUGAAAACUGUUAAAAAGUAAUUUAGAAAGUUAUCACUAAUAUAUCAUCCUGAUAAAAAUAAUUCACCUAGAGCUUAAGAAAAAUACAAAACAAUGACUAAUGCCUAUUAAGAAAUACUUUAAGGUCAUGCAAAUAAUUAUGAUGAUAUCAAAUACAAGAAUAGAGGUUAAUCCUCAAAUAGUUCAGAUUAAGAGGAUUUAUUUAAAAAUACCUAUUAAAAGCAAAAAAAUACAGAAUAUCAAAAUAAAAAAAAUGAAAUUUUCAAAGGCAUAAAAUUCUAUUUAUUUAUAGCAACUAUUUUACUUUUUUGGUAUAUAGUCUAUAAAGUUAUAAUUUUUAUUCAAGAUGAUGAUAAUAGUCAAAAUGAUUCAGAAAAUAAUUAGCAAAAUAAUGAACAAUAUUAAGAGAAUAUUAAAAAUCUACAAUACGAAGAAAUUUUUAAUUGA